AUGCAGCUGUGCAGCAGAGCCCUGCAGGUUGAUCCUAACCUAACCUAUAGGUUAGGAUUAGGUUGUCGAAUCCAUAGGUUAGGUUAGGAUUAGGUUGUGAAAUUUUUUAUAGGUUAGGUUAUAGGUUGCCAAAUAUUGGCAA